CACACUUCAAUUCCUCUUUCUCAUCAGAAACACACAUACAGAGAUCACAAAGAGAGAGAAACCAAUUUUUUUGAGUCUUGAGUUCUAAGAAUGGCUUCUCCAAUUAGAUGGACACCAAGUCCAAGCCCUACAAGAUCACCCAACCCUGAACCAAUUACACCAAAGGUGGUGAAAGAUGAUGAAGAUGGUUCAGAGAUGGGAAGCUUUGCUUCUGAAGAAGGUAACAUGUCCUACAACGUCGGAGCACUUUUCCCCUUCAGCAUCCAUGGUCCUACUUCAUCUCCUGCACCUCUUGCUCAUUAUCAACAACAUCAACCUGAGACUCAUGAAAUCAUCAGCCAUGAAGAUGAGCUCCACUACAAGUCACCAACCUUAAGGGUUGGCUCUGGAGACCAAUAUGAAACUACUGGUUUUGAAUCUGUGGCCUUCCAAAGCCAGGGAGAAGAAAACUAUGCUAGAAAAGUUGGAGUUCAAUCUGAUGCCUCAAUAGGUAGUAGUGAUGAUGGUGUUUACUUGACAUGGGAGGAUCUUUGGGUAUCGGUCACUGAUCGCAAGAAGGGUAGCCGAGCAAUCCUGCAAGGGUCGACGGGAUAUGCUCAGCCCGGUGAGCUCUUGGCCAUCAUGGGUCCUUCUGGUUCUGGCAAAUCUACACUUCUAGACACCUUAGCAGGGAGACUAGGAUCAAACACAAGACAAUCAGGGAAGGUGCUUGUCAAUGGCAGAAAACAGAGGUUAUCGUUUGGGACUUCGGCAUAUGUGACUCAAGAUGAUACAUUGAUGACAACUCUGACUGUCAAAGAAGCUGUUUACUACUCAGCCCAACUCCAACUUCCAGAUUCUAUGCCAAAGGCUGAGAAAAAGGAAAGAGCAGAGUCUACCAUAAGGGAGAUGGGUUUACAAGAUGCCAUGAACACAAGAAUUGGAGGAUGGAGUGUCAAAGGACUGAGUGGUGGUCAAAAGAGGAGAGUCAGCAUCUGCAUUGAGAUCUUAACACGCCCUAAGCUUCUCUUUCUGGAUGAACCCACAAGUGGACUCGACAGUGCAGCAUCCUUCCAUGUCAUGAACAGAAUUGCAGGCCUUGCUCAACAAGAUGGAAGGACUGUAAUUGCAUCCAUCCAUCAACCCAGUAGUGAAGUCUUUGUGCUCUUCCAAAAUCUCUGUCUUCUAUCAAGUGGAAGAACAGUUUACUUUGGUCCUGCUUCUGGAGCUAAUGAGUUCUUUGCAUUGAAUGGUUUCCCAUGCCCAACACUGAGGAACCCAUCUGAUCACUUCCUGAGGACAAUCAACAAAGACUUUGAACAGGACAUCGAACAAGGCCCUGGAACUCAGGCCAUGACUACAGAAACAGCUAUCAAUAUCCUUGUGGAGUCAUACAAAUCGUCCACAACAUGCCAGCAAAUUCAUAGAAGGGUAGCUGAGAUAUGUAAAAGGGAAGGAGCACCCAUGGUGAAAAAGGGAGGUCAAGCUGGAUUCCUCACUCAGUCCAUCGUUCUUACAAAGAGAUCCUUCGUGAAUAUGUUUCGCGAUCUAGGCUAUUACUGGUUGCGAUUUGCAAUCUAUGUGGCUCUGUGCUUGUGUGUAGGCACUAUCUACUAUAACAUUGGUCACAGCUAUGGAUCAAUUCAGGCUAGAGGUUCGAUGCUCAUGUUUGUUGCUGCCUUUUUAACCUUCAUGGCCAUUGGUGGAUUUCCUUCUUUUGUUGAGGACAUGAAGAUCUUUCAAAGGGAGAGAUUAAAUGGACAUUAUGGCGUCGGUGCAUUCGUUAUUGGCAACACACUUUCUUCCACUCCUUACUUGAUUAUAAACUCUUUAAUCCCCGGGGCAAUUGCAUAUUACCUUGUUGGACUUCAGAAAGGAAUUGAUCACUUCGUAUACUUUGCAUUAGUACUCUUCAUGUGCAUGAUGUUGGUAGAGAGCCUAAUGAUGAUCGUUGCAAGUAUUGUUCCAGAUUUCCUUAUGGGUAUAAUCACAGGAGCUGGAAUUCAAGGGGUGAUGAUGUUGAAUGGUGGUUUCUUUAGAUUGCCAGAUGACCUUCCUAAACCUUUCUGGAAAUACCCAAUGUACUAUAUUGCCUUCCAUAAGUAUGCCAAUCAAGGGUUCUACAAAAAUGAGUUCUUAGGGUUAACUUUUCCUAAUAACCAAGCAGGAGGGUCUGCUACCAUCACUGGAGCUGAAAUUCUAAGAAAUACAUGGCAAGUGGAGAUGGGUUACUCAAAGUGGGUUGAUUUGGCUAUCUUGUUUGGGAUGGUGAUUCUGUAUCGGCUAAUGUUCUUUGGAAUCAUAAAAAGUGUCGAGAAACUUAAGCCAAUCAUCAGAGCUGCCCUUGCUGUUCCUCCCCAGCAGAAGACCCACAUCAUGUUGGAGGAGUCCACAACAGGAGUAGAAAAGAACUAGUCAUGAAUUUUGUUCUCUUAAUUGUUGUAUAUGAAGCUCUGUUCUCCAUGAACAUCUCGUUCAAGUCUCGGAUCUAGGAUUCUAGUUUUCUUAAUCAAUGAACUUGCAAAGAGGUGGGUUGAUGUUGAUUACGGGUCAUUUAUGUAUGCCAGGUUUCUGGACAAAUCCUUGUGAGCAAUUCGAGUGUGGUUGUGGUUCUUCUCUUGUUCUGGGUUUUAGUUGUUUCUCUUAUUUGUCAAGUCUUUCUGUGUACUUUGUUCUUAGUUUGUUGUUAAAAAUGAAAUUGUUC